AUGACGAAUGCUGAAACUGAGAGCGUUCAGGAUAGCGUGUAUGUCGAUACCGAGGGCACUGGUGAUUACAGCUAUGUGGCUCAGGAAAGUGAAGCACCGGCUGAGCACGUCUAUACGGAUGCCGAUGGUGUCCAAUACAUCUGGGACUAUGAGAAACAAAUAUGGUUGCCUCAGGUCGAUGACGAUCUCAUAGCGCAGUUUCAGAACAGCUAUGGCCCUCCUGUCGUGGAAGAGCCAGACAAAUCUGUAGCUCCUACAACCCAGAUUGGCCAUAAACGACAGCUGGGCGACAAUGGCGAUACGGCUGCGCCACCAAGCCAAAAACCAAAGUUAGACAGUCAGCAGAAACCUGAGGACAAACCAGCACAUGAUUCUAAGUACUUAGAGACGCCAAAGGAGAAGAACCCUAAUGUAUACAUCUCCGGAUUACCGAUUGAUAUAACGAGCGAAGAGCUGUUAGCUUUCAUGAGCAAAUGCGGAAUUAUAAAACUAGACGAUGAGGGCAAGCCGAGAAUCAAAAUAUAUAAGGAUGCGCAAGGGAAUCCCAAAGGCGAUGGCUUGUGUACUUAUCUAAAGGUGGAGUCUGUGGACCUUGCGCUAGACAUGCUAAAUAAGGCACAAAUCAAACCAGGUGUGCCACUCACCAUGCAACGAGCGAAAUUUGAGAAGAAGGGUGACAAAUUCGUCGACAAGAAGAAGAAGAAAAACACAAAGAAAAAACCGCAGCAGGCAAAGGGUCUAUCAUGGGAAGAACAAGGGUCGAGCAAUCAGGUCAACAAGAAGGCGGCUGCCGUAGUGAUCCUCAAGCAUAUGUUUGACCCGAACGAGUUCGACGAUGAUCCCGUGGCUAUUACGGAUAUAUCUGAGGACGUGCGAAAUGAAUGCACGCAAUGUGGAGAAGUUCGGAAAGUCAUUGUUUUCGAUCGUCAUACAGAUGGGGUCGUGUCAGUUCGAUUUGGUGGGCGAGAAUCGGCUGAGAAGUGUAUUAAGCUGAUGCAUGGACGCUGGUUUGGGGGUAAGAGAAUUCUUGCCGAGCAUUGGGAUGGCAAGACUGAUUAUAAAGUAGAAGAAAAUGAGCACGAAAAGGUGCAACGAUUAAAACAGUGGGACACGUACCUAGAGGGUGCCAAGAGUGGAGUAGCCUCGACAGAGCCCGCGCCGUCUAGCAGUACUGGAUCAAUUGAUAGUACAUGAGCUCCAUGGAAUCGGCCGCUAACUGUUUCCUCCAAGCUACACUGAAAUACAAAUCACUUUGCAGUUGUAAAGCCUCGUACAGAAGGCGUUGCAUCAACCGAAAAUGUACGCAAGACAUGGUACGAAAUUGCAAAAAAAAAAAAAUU